AUGAUGGGGAUUCGCAGCUUGAAAAACCUGCUGGGAUCUGAUGGAUCGACUUUGCAGGAGCUACGACAGCUGUGCAUUUAUACCUUGAGUGAUGAAUUCACACGGCUGCCUUCGGCUAUCACAACCCUUCAGCACCUGACAUCCCUGCAGGUCCACGCACGAAAGUUAUCUUCUCUUCCAAAAGAGCUUGGCGCGCUCUCAAGGCUGCGCCACCUGGACUUACCGGACUGCUCAUCCCUCACUCGUCUCCCUGCAUCUCUCUCCGAAUUAUCCUGCCUCGUUGACCUGGAGAUCAGCAGUUCUUCUGUCCGCUCUCUCCCUCCUGGCUUGUCUCAACUAAGGAGACUCAAGAGCCUGAAUCUCCGUAACUGCAGGCAGCUGGUGGUUCUGCCUGAUGAAAUACAAGAUCGUCUCCCAAUGCUCGAUUUUCUUGAUACUAAAGGCUGUGGAGGUCCCCCUCACAUUUCGGAGCUUCUGUUAGACCUUUUGCUAGGAAAUUAUGUUGGUGAUCUGAUAGAAUAG